GCCAGCGCGGCAGGUGGUGGCGUCUACCCGCACCUAGCCAGCCCCGGACCGCUUGAGGAAAGCGCCCUGCCCAAGCCGAGACUGGCGGCUUCCCGGGGCUGGGAGCUGGAGAGAGCGCAGUUGCAGGAGUGGCCGCUGCCGAAGUCCCCCGGGCAGGGGGCAGGGCCAGAGGAUCGCACGCUCCGGGUGCCGGGGCGACACUCCAGCCCCAGGGGACUCGCCGCCCAGCCCCCGAGGGUGCGGUAGCGUCUGGCUGCUCACCCGGGGCCGAGAGGGAGCUGCUCGGCGGGGAGGUGCCGCAGGCACCGGGCAGGCAGGGCGGGGCAGGACAGGACAGCCGCCUCAGCAAGUGCCACCCGGCCCACAAGGGCCUCUCCCUUCUGCCCGGGACGUCGGCGGCCGGGGCGCUCGCGAGCCGGGGCUAUAUGGGGCUCCCGCGCGGGCCGUUCUUCUGGCUGCUGCUCCUGCUCACGGCUGCCUGCUCGGGGCUUCUCUUUGCUCUGUACUUCUCGGCGGUGCAGCGGUACCCGGGGCCCGCGGCCAGAGCCAGGGACACCACAUCAUUUCAAACAUUCUUGCAACCCAAGGCAUCGAAUUCUUGGACAGGAAAGGGCCAGGCCUGCCGACACCUGCUUCACCUGGCUGUUCAGCGGCACCCCCACUUCCGUGGCCUGUUCAAUUUCUCUGUUCCAGUGCUGCUGUGGGGGGAACUCUUCACCCCAGAGCUCUGGGACCGCCUGAGCCAACACAAAGCCCCAUAUGGCUGGCGGGGGCUCUCUUACCAAGUCAUCACCUCCACCCUGAGCCUUCUGAACAGCUCAGAGAGCGCCAAGCUGUUCACCCCGCCCAGGGACUCUCCUCCAAAGUGUAUCCGGUGUGCCGUGGUGGGCAACGGAGGCAUUCUGAAUGGGUCCCGCCAGGGUCCCAACAUUGAUGCCCAUGACUACGUGUUCAGACUCAAUGGAGCUGUGAUCAAAGGCUUCGAGUGCGAUGUGGGCACCAAGACUUCCUUCUAUGGUUUCACUGUGAACACGAUGAAGAACUCCCUUGUCUCCUACUGGAACCUGGGCUUUACCUCCGUGCCACAAGGACAGGACCUGCAGUAUAUCUUCAUCCCCUCAGACAUCCGCGACUAUGUGAUGCUGAGAUCAGCCAUUCUGGGUGUGCCUGUCCCUGAGGGCCUAGAUAAAGGGGACAGGCCGCACAUCUAUUUCGGACCAGAAGCUUCUGCCAGUAAAUUCAAGCUGCUACAUCCGGACUUCAUCAGCUACCUGACAGAAAGGUUCUUGAAAUCAAAGUUGAUUAACACCAAUUUUGGAGACCUAUAUAUGCCUAGUACCGGGGCUCUCAUGCUGCUGACAGCUUUGCAUACUUGUGACCAGGAGUGUCUUGACUGCAGUCCCCAAUUAGGAUGGGGAGAGAGUAGUAAUGGGCUUUUUUGCAUCCACCCUCGAGUUCCAAACCCAGCUCUGGCAAUCACCAGCUAUGCGACGUGGGGACACAGUCAGUGCCUAUGGAUUCAUCACAAGCAACUACUGGAAAUUUUCCGACCACUAUUUCGAACGAAAAAUGAAGCCAUUGAUAUUCUAUGCAAACCACGAUCUGUCCCUGGAAGCUGCCCUGUGGAGAGACCUGCACAAGGCUGGCAUCCUUCAGCUAUACCAGCGCUGACCCCAAGGCACUGAACCCUUUGCUUCUUCAAGACUUGCGGCCCUGAUCCUCUCAAGUGGCCAAAAGCUUUUAUCUUAACUUUUCAAUCUUUACCUUCCUUUCUUUCCAACAGAGGGCACUGGGGUGAAUUCACGACUAUCAUUGAGGUCUGUUCAAUGCAGGACACCCCAGCUUGUCCUUGGCUCAUCCAAGAAAACUCCUCUAUGCAUCUAAAACAACAUAUCUCAAUCUUGGCCAAGGGAAAAUGGACUGCUUUGCUGGAUUUGCACUGAGCAACUUUAGGAAAUGUCGGUGGAGUGUUCACCAAGAUCAAACAGCAGUCCAGUUGAAAGGCAAACACACAAGCUCCAGCCCAAAUCCUCCUGGUGGCGCAACCUACCCCAGAGGCUAAAGUGAUUCAAGGACUCCAGGACACCUCUUAAGAGCUUUUCUAAGAACAUGAUAGGCUUACUUCUGCUCCAUAAUAAAGUGGGAGAAAAAAGGCAGAAUGUAACUUAAGACUAGAUAACUGUGUACAUGAUGGACCAUUUUCUUUUUUUGGGCUGGGUAGAGAAAUCAUAUAAAAUGCAGGGUGUUCAGCAUGGAGAUCACUCUCAGAACACUGGGAGGGUCUGGCACUUGAUGGGGGUUAGUUGCUUGGCAGCCUGCCUGCCACUGAAGGAAGUCCCAUUAGAGACGUAUCCCCACCUUGUCACCAACAGGAUGAUGUUACCAGGUAAUAAACCCUCAUCCUCGUACCUUGGCUUCAGUAAAUUUGAACUUAGCUGACGGUAGUUUCCUAAUUUUAUUGUAAGUGGCUUUAUAAGAAGUCUCAUCCAAGUUAUCACACAGCACUUAACCCAGCCCUGGGAUUUACUGUCUCGAUGACUAAAUGGCUCUGCACAGUCUGAGAUGCUUCAGUGUGCAAGGCAGCAGCAGGGGGAGGUCUUCACAGGGACGCUGGCAAGAGACUUCCCGAGGCACAUCAAUCAUGUUGGUCAAUUUAGGGCACGGUCUGGGUCUGUAGCUUUGAAAGGCUGAUUCUAUUAGCACACUUUACAAGAGGGAUGGGGAUUAACUCAGUCACCAGAAACGAAAUACCACUUCGGAAAUUCAGAGACCUCUGAUCAACAGAACAGACAUUUGGGCUUUAAUUGCUAAAGCAGCUACCUACUUGGGGAAACCAUGGCAUUCCGCUGCCUGGACAGCAGGAAUUAAGAUUUCAGAGUUGCUGGCACCAGAACAGAGCCUCUCAGCUCGCUUCACCUUGGCAACCUUAAACAGUCUCUCUUUGGUCUCCAUGACAGCAGUACGUUCCUUUGGAUAGAAUACUUAGUUUGGAAAGAAUGUAGUCAAAUGUGGGAUAUGUAAGCACCCCUCAACAGUCACAAUCCAUCCUAGUAUCUUAUACAGUGAUUUUUUUUUUUUAAUUUACAAAAGAGGUUUAUUGGACUUACAGUUCCUUGUGGCUGGGAAGGCCUCACAAUCACGGCAGAAGGUGAAAGCCACAUCUCACAUGGCAGCAGAUAAGAGGAAAAAAAGGUAGUGAUCUUUUAGUAAAGAAACCUCAGACUGGUAGUGGGCUUGGAGCCAGAGGAUCGCUUGAGUCCAGGAGUUUGAGACCAGCCAGGGUAAAAAAUUGAGACCACCCCCAACUUUAAAAUUAAAAAA